AUGGGAUGUCUACAGUACUAUUCCCGAUUUAUCCCGAACUUUGCUACAAGGGCGCAGCCGCAUUUCCGUGCUCAGCGUCCAGACGCUUGGGAGUGGUCGGUGGAGUGUGAAGAUAUCUUACGUGGUUUAAUUCGCUGCGUUACUGAUCGCUCUGUUCUCGCCCCGUUUUCACCCUCAAAACCGACUACACUCAUCACCGAUGCAUUCGACGUCGGAAUCGGUGCUGUAUCAGCACAAGAAGGAUGCCCAGUGAUCUGCAUUUUACGUCUACUCAAUGCGGCAGAAAAGGGAUACUCACAGACUCAGAAAGAAGCGUUGGCUGUAUUUUGGGCUAUUCGACGAUUGCACAAUGACGUCGUAUACUUCCGUGGUAAAGAUUUGCGACCCGCGUCUGGUAUAGCCACACGACAACUGGGUCAAGCCAUGGUGGAAAUUACCGACUUGAAUGAUGCUACUGUGCACAAGCGACACGUGGACCAAAUCCUCUUCAAAUCAUCCACGGACCAGAGACAUCAAGAGACAAGCGAGGGAGACAGUCAGUUGCAUACCCCAUCAGCACAACCGACGGAGCUGCAUCAGUCAUAUGUGCAGAAACAACCAAUCGAAACACAAGGACACUGCCACGAACAGGCGGAGCCAACGAUUGCAGGUCUAGCCGUCAGGCGAGCCAGAAUGACGAGACACUUUUGA